AUGCCUUAUGAAAGACCGUGUCACAACGGCAACGUGGACUGCGUUGUCAACUGCACCGCCAACACCAACAGUGGAUUCUUCGCACGCACCAACUACACUAACCCGGACCCUAAAACCACACUUUACUACACUACACUAAUCUGCUCCAUGUCCACCUUUGACGGAUUUGUCUCCGAAUUUCCCGAUAUUCAGAUCGAUUACUUCCGCAAGAGUCCCGACCGGCAGCCGUUGGCCUGCCUCCUAAGCCAUGUCCAUAGCGACCACCUACAGGGCCUAGAGUCCUUUCGGGCUCCUUUCAUCUACUGCUCUCCAGCCACGCGCGAACUGCUGUUGCGCAUUGAGAAGUACCCACAUCGGAUGAACUUCCACAAAGGCAUUCUUGAAUCUCGUCGCCUACACUAUAAACAUCUGGCCAAGUUACUGCGACCAAUCCCCUUGAACACCCCAACAGAGAUCGAACUUACGCCCCGACGGCGUAUUCGGGUCACUCUGUUCGAUGCUAAUCACUGCUCUGGGGCUGUGAUGUUCCUGAUCGAGGGAAAUAACAAAGCGAUCAUCUACUCAGGCGACAUUCGAGCUGAAAAAUGGUGGGUUGAUAGCUUGAUUCGGAAUCCUAUUCUGAUACCGUAUACCCUGGGUCAUAAACGGCUGGAUAAGCUGUAUCUUGACACCACAUUUGCUCAAAAAUCUAAUCCUUUCCGGGAAUUUCCAUCAAAAGCGGAAGGGCUUGCUGAACUCCUUCGCAAAGUUGAGGCCUACUCAGAUGACACCGUCUUCUAUUUCCGAGCAUGGACUUUCGGCUAUGAGGAUGUCUGGUUGGCGCUCUCAGCGGCACUGGGGACCAAGAUCCACGUGGACCGUUACCAGAUGGGACUCUAUCGAUCCCUUGUAAACAUCUCCAGCAGCAGAGGUGUCAAUGAAGGCCCGGCUCUCUGUGGCUUUGACCUAGGCAACAGGGCCGUGUCAGGAUGCCUGAGCGAUAGCGAGUCCAGCAGGAUUCACAGCUGUGAGCCUGAUGUAUCAUGCCGCACGGCCCAGGGCCCGAAAACUGUUUACAUCAUGCCCAUUAUCAAUCGGACCAAGGACGGUGCCGAAGUUUCCGAAGUUGGGGCCGGUGGUGGAAUUGGUGAUCUUUAUCAGGUCCACGAGCUCGAGUUGCCGGAUGAGUCUACACUUGCUCAAUUGGAGAAAUUAUGUCUCCAGCAAAUUCCCGAUAAGAAACGUUCAUCGCAGAUGCAAAAGGCACUCCUGGAAGCAUUCCAGUCAAGGAAGAAGGCGCUGUCACUUGAUAUAUAUGGUGUAAAAGAAGAAGGCGAUAUGUCUCUCGAGAAGCUUGUGGCUAUGCUCGGCCAGGGUGUGUUUGACCCAAGCUCCAAGCAGGACCUACCAAACACGAUUGUAAGUUGUAUCUAUCCUUCCGGUGCGCACUAUUCUGACCACGGCAAGCGAUUUCCCUAUUCCCGCCACUCCUCAUAUUCCGAGCUAUGCGAGCUCGUGGCGGCUUUUCGCCCGAAAGACAUACAUCCUUGCACAGUGGAUCCAUCUACUUGGAACGAAGACGUCUCCAUUUGUUGUCUUUUCGGUCACUUAUGCUCAGGAAGCGACUUUGCACACGACAACUUUAUGCGUCAAACCAUCGACCAAACAGACGAUGACGAUGGUCAACGCUCUAAGAAGCGAGCCCGAUAUGAAGCAAACAUUUCAACCGAGUCAUCACAGUCCAGCGACGAGAUAGAAGACCAAACAAGUACCGGCGACACAGAACACAAAGCCCACAGUGCCCUGGAUGGUACCGUCAAGGAAACAUCCAAUAUUAGCCAACCAACAGCCAACUCACAGCCCUCACUAGACUACGACCCAGAAAGAGCAAAACGUGCCGAAAUUCAAAAAGCACACUUAUACCUCCAAGAACAUGCCGAUCCAUCAAUCCUCGAAAUUGGUCCCCUCCCACCCACGUCCCCAGAAACCCAAGCUAGAACACCAACCCCGAAACCGUUGCCCCACGUAUCUAGUUUCACCUCAACUAGAGACGAUGGCUCAUCGCCCCGUCCACACGAACCUUCCCAAGUAGAAGACAGCCAACACACGGACCUACUCAGCCUCUCGAUCUCCGAAUCAGAUCUCAAUGCUUCGCCUCCCUCGGACAUUAAACAGGGUCUAGAGAGUACUCAAGACCAUACUGCGCGCAGGCGUGCUCGUGUUUCUGCGUACCUUGCUGCGAGAGAGGAUAGUUGGGCUGAUAUUUCGCUAGUAUCGGCGGGGGGUAAUCAUGCUGCUGAGGAGAUGGAGUUGUAG